AAGCAUAAAGACAGUCCACAUCUUCUUCAACAGUGACAGAGCCAAGUGUCUCAUCUGUAGAAAGAGACCUAGUCAAAGUCCAAACUCAGUAAAUCCAUUGUGUCCAGCCAAUGUGACAGAGCUUGAACUAUUUUACAAACGAGAAUGAUCAAAACGGAUAUUUUUCUAGAUUUCCAAAGUUGGUAGAGAUGUAAGCAGAAAGACUUGUAGUUGUGGAAACCACAUAGAAUAUAUAAACGAGAAAAGGUUCAAACGAUUUUAAGACUUUUCUCAGGGCUCUGGAAAUAGCUGUGAGCCAUUUACCUUCUCACUGGCACACUGACAUUAAUGGGAGGGGGUCAGCUCACGCCCCUUUCUCUGCUGUCUGAGUGUAACCCCGCCCUCUCGGGACACGCGGGGACAGCGAAUCAAGCAGAUUUGUGAAGGAGUGGGGACAGAAUCCGCAGCAAGAGAAACAGAUAGAAAGAAGAAGAGACCCUCAAGUUGGUUCCCCGUAGUGGAGCAGCUCCUUCUGGUGCGGUGCAGUCUCGGCUCUCCGCCGGACCGGGCAUGCACCACCCGCCGCGGAGAGAGUGAUCCGCGCCGCAGCGAGCAAAGAUGCAGGCGGAGGACAUGGAGGUACCUAUCAUUAAUAACCUAAACGAUAACGGCGACAGCCAGAGGCCGAAAGGGAAAGAUGUGUUCAAGGAUCAGCAGAAAGAGUCGGAGAGCUCCAUGGAGUCUCCAAACCUGGAGUUUGAAUAUGGAGACUCGGACAUGCUCACAGCUGAGCUCUCAGAGCUGUACAGUUACACAGAAGAGCCAGAGUUCGCCCUGAACAGAGACUACUUCGAGGAGGACUUCAGGAGCCAUGCUCGAGGCAGAAGGUGGACGGAGUUGACGGUGGACGAGCAGAGGGCGUACGUCAUGAGACUGCUGGACGCGCUGGAGGUGACGGACAGGGACAAGAGGCUGAAGGUGGCCAGGGCCAUCCUCUACCUGGCUCAGGGUGUGUUUGAUGAGUGUGACACAGAGGUGGAUGUGCUCCACUGGUCCAGACACAACAUCUUCCUGCUUUACGACAUGGGCAUCUUCACAGCGCUGCUGGAGCUGCUCAGCAUGGAGAUGGAUAACAGCCAGGCAUGCAGCAGUGCGGUGAGGAAGCCUGCCAUCUCUCUGGCAGACAGCACCGAGCUCAGAGUGCUCCUGAGCAUCAUGUACCUGAUGGUGGAGACCAUUCGCGUCCAAACAGAGGACGACCGACCUGAGUGGAGGGCAGCGAGGGAGACCUUCAAGAACGAGCUCGGUUCGCCUCUGUACAACGGAGAGCCCUUCGCUCUGCUCCUCUUCACCAUGGUGACCAAGUUCUGCAGCAUGAACGCGCCUCACUUCCCUAUGAAGAAAGUGUUGCUGCUGCUGUGGAAAACUGUGCUGUUCACGUUGGGGGGCUUCGAGGAGCUCCAGCGGAUGAAGGUGGGGGCCCGGGAGCGCCUCUGCUUGGCCCCGCUGCCGGAGGACAGCAUCAAGGUGGUGAGAGCCAUGAGGGCGGCGUCUCCCCCGGCCUCGGCCAUGGAGCUCAUCGAGCAGCAGCAGCAGCAGAAGAGAGGCCGCCGCAGCCGCAGGAGUGCCUUUGUUGAUAGCUUGGAAGGAGACAGUCCCUUUCCCAAGAAGCAGCCGCUGGUCAAGCAGGACAGCCUGGACACCUACAACGAGCGGGACCCCUUUAAGAACGAUGACCCCCGUGACGAAGAGGACGACCCGGAGGACACGGACAGCGGCAUCGAGGGGGAAGUGGACCCCCUGGAUCGGGACGUCAUCAUCCAGCCUCCGCCGCCUCCGCCUCCACUGAGACCCCCAACAGAGAGGGUCAACUUCCCCAAAGGCCUGCCGUGGGCCCCCAAAGUUAGGGAGAAGGACAUCGAGCACUUCCUGGAGACCAGCAGGAACAAGUUCAUUGGUUUUACAUUGGGAAAUGACACGGAGACCCUGGUGGGGUUACCCAGACCCAUCCAUGAGAGUGUCAAGACCCUCAAACAGCACAAGUAUGUGUCGGUAUCUGAGGUCCAGAUCAAGAAAGAAGAGGAGCUCCUGCAGUGUCCACUCAGUCUGGGUGAGGAGGAGGUGGAGGAAACCCCUGCUGAGAUUUUAUACGUGGGGAUGCUUCCUAAUCUCUCGCAGUACGUGAUCGCCCUCCUGAAGCUCCUGCUGGCAGCAGCUCCGACAUCCAAAGCCAAAACCGACUCAAUCAAUAUCCUGGCUGAUGUGCUGCCUGAGGAGAUGCCCAUCACUGUCCUUCAGAGCAUGAAGCUGGGGAUUGACGUGAACCGUCACAAAGAAAUCAUCGUCAAGGCCAUCUCCGCCCUGCUGCUGCUGCUGCUCAAGCACUUAAAGCUGAACCACAUCUACCAGUUCGAAAUAGUCUCCCAGCAUUUGGUGUUUGCCAACUGCAUCCCGCUCAUCCUCAAGUUCUUCAACCAGAACAUCAUGUCCUACAUCAGUGCCAAAAACAGCAUAUGCGUGCUGGACUUUCCCCACUGUGUGGUCCAUGAGAUGCCUGAGCUCACGGCCGAGAGCUUGGAAGCAGGAGACAACAACCAGUUCUGCUGGAGGAACCUUUUCUCCUGUAUCAACCUGCUGAGGAUCCUCAACAAGCUGACAAAGUGGAAACACUCCAGAACCAUGAUGUUGGUUGUUUUUAAGUCGGCCCCCAUCCUGAAGAGAGCUCUGAAGGUCAAGCAGGCCAUGAUGCAGCUCUACGUUCUCAAGCUGCUCAAGAUUCAGACCAAGUACCUGGGCCGCCAGUGGAGGAAGAGCAACAUGAAGACCAUGUCGGCCAUCUACCAGAAAGUCCGCCACAGGCUCAAUGACGACUGGGCCUACGGAAACGAUAUCGAUGCUCGACCUUGGGACUUCCAGGCGGAGGAGUGCGCCCUGCGGGAGAGCAUCGAGAAGUUCAACAGCCGGCGCUACGACAAGAACAAAAACGGCGACUUUGCGCCCGUGGACAACUGCCUGCAGAGCGUGCUGGGCCAGCGCGUGGAGCUGCCGGAGGACUUCCACUACAGCUACGAGAUGUGGCUGGAGCGAGAGGUGUUCUCUCAGCCCAUCCAGUGGGAGGGGCUGCUGCAGAACCCGUAACGGCCGAGGCUGGGAGGAGGUGGAGGCGGCAGGGAGACGUGGCACUGCAGAGGUCAAUGAAAGUGUGGCUUUUAUUUCAGAAGUUAGCUGAGUUUCGCUGAAAGACGACAACAAGCAACGUUUUGUUUGGUCAAAUCUCAGGAGGAAGGAGAAACGCAGGUAAGAUCAGGUCGAUUUGAUGCCGCACAUAUAGAUUUUCUACGAUAACAUGUGCCUAAGACUACUGUGAACACGUAAGCACAUAAAAAUGAAAGUAGCAGCUCAAAAACCUUUCAGAUUGUUGUAGCAUGACACUGUUUCGGCCAAUUCUACUGCCCCCCCAAAACCGCCAGUCCCUCUUCUUUAGUAAGUCGGUGCUCUUCUGAUUCCUUCGUUAUGUUUUAUUUCUUUUUAACACUUUAUGGGAAACAUUUUAUGAUUUUUUAUUUUUUUAAAAUAGUGUAAAAUCCCAUUUUUUUAUUAUUUUGAAACAAAUUAGCUGGAGUUAUUAACUUUUAGAUUGUAAGCAGAAAGUCAAACAUUGUUUUAUCAUUUUUUUUUAAAGAAAAAAAGUUGCAAGAAGAAAAAAAAAAAUACGGUUCUGGGAGCUACAGGAAAGUAGGGAAGCAAAACCAGCUGUAGGUGAAUUAGUUUAUUUAUGGAUGUUGUUUAUGAAAGGAAAGCAAAGCAAAUAUAGUUAUAGGAAUGUCAAACAAUAAUCCUUCUUUUUUUUAAAACAGCUAUAUGCUGAAUGCUUAAUAUUAAACUCCAGAACUGACGGGGAGAAUUACUUUCAUUUUGAGUUUGAGUUAAACUUGCAGACAUGGAUGUCGUCCGUCUGCUAUACAUAUCAAAACCUGUCAGCACUAGAGUCCUGGAUGGUUCAGGGAGUUCAGGGAGAUGAAAUUCAGACCUGUCCUGCAUAAAAAAUACAUUUAACACGUCAUGCUUGUAAGAUGGACACAAAAUUAUGUGGUAAUAAAGCUAGCUACUUACUGAUAUUAUGUACAGCAGGGUUAGCAUUGACUAAACGGUGGCUUUUCUAUGUUGUUGAGGGACAUUUUUGGCAUGUCAUAAAGUAGUUACAAAUGAGAAAGUCUGCAGAUUAAAUAAGCAACUUCAACACAGUUUUCAACAGUCACUACAUUCUCCUACUUGUAGAGUUGCUUCCCUGAGCCUUUCCUCUGAACCAUCUGGGUUUCUCAAAUCUCAGCACUUACAUGGAACAGCUGGAAAUCUGUAGCGACUCUCAUCGACGCCUUGUUUAUCUUUCCAACUGCAGCACAAUAUGUAACUGCUCAGCACACCGAUGGUGGGAUUUGACUGCUACAAUAAUUGGUGCUGUUUUUUUGUUGUUUUUUUUUUCCCUAUUCUUCCUUUACUUUGGAGUACCCAAGCAGGGCACCAAACCCAGUUGUUACGCACACAGACAAGCACAGUGGGAUGUUUUGAUGUCAUUUUUUGGUUUGUUGUGUACUCGCUCUGUGGGACAAGUUCCUCCGUGUCUUUGUAUACAGUAGGACGCUCAUUCUGACGCUCGGCUGUUUGCCUUUGUGUACAAAUUGUGCAUGACCAAUAUUUUCUCUGCACCUGUAUUCAGACAUUAAGGGGAUACAUCAGGAUUUCCGAAGUGGAGUUGGUUUAAAAGGUAAUAAGCUAUCAACAUCUUAUAUAACUUAUCAUUAAUAUAACUCUAAAUACGUUGGUUUGAUUUAUCCUGAAUGACGACGUCAAGAAAGUUAGCGACUGCGAGUAAGAUGUUAACAGCUUACAACCUUUAAAAAAAAAAGAAUCUUACUUCAGAAAUUAUGGAAGAAAACUGUAUUUUUAGCUCUAUUAUCAUUAUUCUGUUUUGCUGUUAAAGUCACAAUUUUCUUCACAAAGAAAAUAGUUUAAAAAUAGUUUAUAUAUAUAUACAUAUAUAUAAUCUCAGGUUUAUGGAGAUAACAUAUAGCAAGAGUUUUAAAAUCUUCCUCACCGUUGUCUAGCUCACUACAUGGAGAAAAGUUACACACCUUCGCUCUCAUAGUGCAGUACAAUAAACUUUAACUCCAGAAAGGCCACACAGUUGGGAAGUUGCAUUUAAUUUCUUGAUAUAUAUAUAUAUAUAUAUAUAUAUAUAUAUAUAUAUAUAUAUAUAUAUAUAUAUAUAUAUAUAUAUAUAUAUAUAUAUAUCUUGUGCCAAAUUUGAGUGCCAUCUCCUAUUUGUUAAUUAUGUUGACACUUUUGCAUUGAAAUCACCACUGGAGGUUUGCAAUACAGUUGUUUUAUUUUCUACCUUUUAACUGUACAAUCAAAAAACAAUAGCUGUGUCUUGUAUCUUGUACAGUGUUUUACAUGAGGUGUGUAGGAUUCUGUGGACGUCGGUACAGUAUCUAUGUGUGUUUGUAUUACUCUUCCAUGUCUGUAUAUUCUGGAUGGAGUUACUUCUCUUUACUGAAUUUAUUCAGGGGCAUGUGCAAUUACAGAUCCACAGAGGCAUUAUACAACAGAGUGAUAAAUUACAUUAUCAGAGUUACCUAUUAAACCCUGUCUAAAAACUUUA